AUGGAAGAAAUCCCACGUACUAUGAGAUUUGCGGUGCGAACUGCCACGCUGUAUCGCUUAAAUCACCAAAAGACAGCCUUGAAACUCUUUACAGACGUCAGUGCUCGAAGCAUGGCAGCAUGUGCCUAUCUGGUACAAGGAGCUCCUCAAACAAUCACAAAUGGAGGAUCGUGCACUGUUGGAGAGACAUUGGACAAGCUUGAUGAACCCGUUGUGCGCAAAACGUACACUUCAAAACGCCGCAAUCACAGUGAUAAGAAGCUAUUUACUGACGAGCCUUUAGUGAAGUCUCAGACAAAUAGACGUCACGUAGUGCAAAGCUCUUCACAGAUCAAUUCUGAAGCUGAUGAGAACGGCACCAAAACCGAAGCUGACAAUAAGUUUACAGCAACAGUGCCUUUGCAGCACUGGUUAAUCCAAACUCAAGAAGAAUCUAGUUCUCGGCCUGCGGUAGAGCAAUUUGUAUUAAUGACGGCGGAAGGUCUCGCAUACAACCGUGCUUCAGACAUGUAUCAACGAGCCCUAUAUUUCUCUGAUACAGAAGCUCGCUUAAUCUCAAUUCAUGAAAACUCCGCUGAGCGCCUGGCUUUGGCAAUCAUCUAA